GCCGCCUCAAGUUUCCUGCGGAGGAGUUCGGUUGAAGAGCAGGGGCUCGGAACUACUGCUUCUGUCCAACGGGGAAGGAAAACGGCAUGUUUAGGUGUUUUCAAGGAUCGUGGUAGUAGAAAAGAAGCUCCGCGGAAAGAUGUUUCGGAAAAAAGCCUCUUCUUCCUUGAGAAUGAGAAGGAUAACUGAAAGCACCGGAUGGAUUAUUGACAGAGGGCGGAGCUUGUCCUUCCAUGAGGUUGGUGGCCAGCGUGAGCGAGAGAUGAGGGCCGCCGCUGACGAGUCAUCGAACAGCAGCAACAGCGUCGGAAGUGGCGGCAGCACGGUCCUGCAACGCCUCCUGCAGGAGCAGAUGAACCGCAACUAUGUGCUGCAACAGCAGCAGCAGCAGCAACAGUCUGGGGGAGGAGGUGGUGGGGCAGGAGGUGGAGGUGGCAGUGUAAGCGGAGGGGGGUAUUCUGUGCAGGGACAGGUGAACCCCGGCGACGACCACUCCAUGGCGUCCCACAUCGCGCGGCAGGAACCGCAAGGGCAGGAGCUGCAGACCGACAAUGGCCUGGAGAAAAUGGGCUCCAGUAGAGUUGGAGGAGGCGGUGGGAGCAGUGGGGGGUGCGUGGGGACUUGUGGAGGUGGUAGCGGCGGCAACAGCCAGGGACAGUGCCAGAACCCCGAAGAUCUCCCCUCAUACGAAGAGGCUAAAGUGCAGUCUCAGUACUUCCGAGGUCACGGCCCUCCUCCUCAGCCCCAGCAGCAGACCAGUCCGCCCCAGCAGCCCCCACUGCCAUCCUCCGUGGGAGCCGCCUUCUACGUCACUGGGGUGACCAGCGCAAAGGUGCGCACCUCAGAGGGUCGCCCCACGUUGCAGCGAAUCAAUGGCGCCGGGAAAGUCCACCAGGACGACGCACUGAAGGAUCUGAAACAAGGACACGUUCGCUCUCUCAGCGAACGACUCAUGCAGCUCUCCUUGGCCACCAGCGGCGUGAAGGCCCACCCCCCAGUGAACAGCACCCCACUAUCACCCCAGCUGCCCCCGCCAGGCCAACCGGGGGACUACUACAAGCCACAGCACCGGGGCCCGCCUCCAGACUACCCCUUUAAAGCCUUUGGUUCCCCAACCAAACAGCAAGAACCCAUGGGGCAUUACUACACCGAACAAAGAGGGAGGGAGCACUCUCGGGAGGUACCAAACGUUCGGUACCAGCCCCCGCCGGAGUACGGCUCAUUCAGACCCAGUAAGGAGGGUUCGGUUCACUACCAGAAGUCGCUUCACCAGCACAGUCCCACCUCCUCCGUCACCUCGGUUGGGUCCUUGUCACGCGCCCAGUCCUCCACCCUCAGCAGCAUGCUGUCCGCCUCCCACUCCUCACAUCCGUCCUUCCCCCACCAACAGUCUCUGGGGGAGCCUCACCACAUGUCUGGACCUCGUAGUCCACAGGGCACAGGCUCCCACCAGGGAGGCGAGCCAAUCAUCCAAGGUCCAGCUCAUCCACCCAUGCACAGGGGUCACGGAUUCCCCUCCGAUCCCUACGGCUCCACCCCGAGGUUGCAUCAUCAUCAGCAGCUUCAUCACCCAUGUCAGCAGCAGCAGCAGCAGCAACACCAGCAGCUCCAAGGUCAUCCUCAACCCCCUCUGAUGGUCCAACCGGGGAACUUCCCCAUGCCCCACUCCUACGCCCACCUGCCGGGCGAGCCCUACGCCAUGCUCGCUCGCACUCAGCAGAUGGUGGAUGUGCUGACGGAGGAGAACAGGAUGUUGAGGCAAGAGAUGGAGGCCUGUCGAGAGAAAGUCACAAAGCUGCAAAAGCUGGAAACGGAGAUCCAGCUGGUGUCGGAGGCCUACGAGAACCUGGCUAAGUCCUCGUCCAAGAGAGAAGCUCUGGAGAAAACCAUGAGGAACAAGUUGGAGCUGGAGGUGCGGCGCCUGCACGACUUCAACAGAGACCUGAGGGAGCGCAUGGAGACGGCAAACAAGCAGCUCGCCACGAAAGACUGCGAUGGCUCGGAGGACAACCGCAAGACCAUCUCACAGCUGCUCGCACAGAAUAAAGAAAUGCAGCGUGAGAAGGAGAAGUUGGAAAUGGAGUUAAACGCCCUUCGCUCCACCGCAGACGACCAAAGGAGACACAUCGAGAUCAGAGACCAGGCUCUCAACAACGCCCAGGCCAAAGUGGUCAAGCUAGAGGAGGAGCUGAAGAAAAAGCAGGUGUACGUGGAAAAGGUGGAGAGGAUGCAGCAGGCUCUGGCUCAGCUUCAGGCGGCCUGUGAGAAGAGAGAGCAGCUGGAGCAUCGACUUCGAACAAGACUGGAGCGAGAGCUGGAGUCUCUGCGCAUGCAGCAGCGCCAGGGAAACUCCCAGAGUAGCAGUAUGGUCCCGUCUGAGUUCAACGCCACGGCUGUGAUGGAGCAGCUGAGGGAGAAGGAGGAGCGGAUCCUGGCUCUGGAGGCUGACAUGACCAAAUGGGAGCAGAAGUAUUUGGAGGAGAGUGUGAUGAGGCAGUUUGCUCUGGAUGCUGCAGCGUCUGUUGCCACUCAAAGGGAUACAUCUGCAGCCGGGAUUAGCCACUCUCCCAGCAGCAGCUACGACACUUCUGUGGAAGCUCGAAUCCAAAAGGAAGAGGAGGAAAUCCUCAUGGCCAACCGGCGCUGUCUGGACAUGGAAAGCAGAAUAAAGAAUCUCCAUGCUCAGAUCAUUGAGAAGGAUGCCAUGAUCAAGGUUCUGCACCAGCGCUCCAGGAAAGAGCCCAACAAGUCCGACGCCCCGUCCGCCAUGAGGCCCUCCAAGUCCCUCAUGUCCAUCUCUAACACGGGCUCUGGCGGCUCGGGCCUGCUCUCCCACAGCCUGGGACUCAGCAGCUCCCCCAUCACUGAAGAACGCAAGGACACCAGCUGGAAAGGCAGUUUGGGCGUCCUGCUGGGUCCGGAGUGCCGCACAGAGUCCCUGAGGACAGAGUCCAUCUCCUCGUCGCCCUCCCCGGUUCUGUCUGGAACUCCGAUGACAGCCGGCCACUCCAAGACGGGCAGCAGGGACAGCUGCACGCAGACCGACAAGGGUCAGGACGCCAGCAAGCCCAACACGGCAAUCCAGAGCAUGACCCUGCCAGCCCGCCUGUCCAGCCCCAGCCCAGUUUACAUACCCGACCGCUUAGCGGACGUACCGGUGUUCCACAGCAGCACUCUGGAGCGGCGGUUCCCCGUCCAAUCCCACCCUCAGCAACAAGCUCCUCCCCCUCCUCCGGCUCCCUCCACCCAGCAGGAAGUAGACACAGACAUGGUGGAGAUCCUCAUCUGACGCCGCAGUCCCGGGGACUGAAUAUUAUGCAAAACGAUUCCACGCCACGUUCAUGACAAACGCAGAAACUCCAUCAAUGUUGUUUUUCAUGACCUUUGUUUACAUGUUUACUCAUUCUUUGGUCCUAUAGAAAACAGCGUAGCAGUACAUGACAGGUGCAGGUGUUUGGUUUAGACGCAGUGUUUGCAAAUCUGCUAACUUGAAUACGUUAGUUUAUAGCUUGUUUCAGUAUUUUUGUACAGACAUUUUCCUUAAUGUCCUUUAUGUGCUUAAAUCUUUCUACAAAACUCAAACAAUACUUCAUAAAUGUUGAGCUUUGUACAUUUUAGGUGAAGGAUUUCUUUUUUUUUUUUUGUAAUUUUUCUGGUUGUGUUUUCAGGUCCUUAUUCCGUCGCUGUAACCAUAGCGACAGUUUCAUACAUUUACUUUGUAGUUCAACGUCAAUGAAAGCAGAUUUUCAUGAAGUAAACCGUUUUUAUCAGGAGGUUUAUGCAUCUUAACGUUUCUGGACCAAAUGUUUCUGCAACCAUAUGUAGCAUUUACUGCACAACUUCAGUCUUUUGUCUUUAAGGAGUCAUGUUUUUGACAUUUUUACUAUCUUAACUUUAGUUGGACGUGGUACUUGGGCGAAAUGAGUCAAAAUCUAACAUGUAAAUAGUGUUUUUACUAACUGCAGCUCCUCUUAUUGGUAAUUUCCAUCUUUAUAGGUAUUAAAAAAACAAAUUCAAUUGUAAAUUCAAUGGCAUCUUAUCCCUAUACAGCUUGUUGUUUAUUGUAUCAUAUGUGAAGCAUUUCAUAAAUAAAAAUACUGGAGAAAACA